AUGUACCAACGCGAUCCACGUUCCUUCGCCUACGAUGAUCAAGGGGCAGCGUAUUCGUCUGGUCAUAACAGUGCGGAUUAUCCUCCGAAUGGGUAUCCUCAUCCACAAAGCUCUGGACAUUACUACGCGCCACCUGGUCAUGGUGUAGGUGGCGCUCAUGAAGGCGUCAAUUCUGGUCCAUACUUCCGUAGCAUGACUCCAUCUCUUGUCGCUGCAAAUCGAUAUCCUCGCGAUCCAAGAUAUUAUAACCAACAAGGCUUUGGAGGAUCGUCUUCCUCAACUUCUCAGUCGCUAUAUGCUUCUCAAAAUCAACCGUAUCCUCCCCAAUACCUUCCCACUUCCGACCAGAGGUCGGUUCCUCUUAGUCCGACGCCUAAUCCACCUGCACAUUUCAUCCCUACUCCGUCGGAAAUAGCCCACAAUUAUUCCAGCUACUCACACCAUUUAGUCACGCCUCAUUCGCCUACAAGCCCAGAAGACCAAUACCACUCCUCAGCCGAUUAUUCUUCGCCGCCACAUAUCGUUCCAUCAUCUCAUGGAAGUCAAAGUCACCGGCUGUCUCGAAUUGCGACUGGUCGUCCGCAAUCGGCGAACGAUUUCCUUGCGAGAAGUGUGGCAAAACUUUCUCGAGGUCCCACGACCGAAAGCGCCACCAUGAAACUCAACAUCUUGCUAGCCCAAUACUCCACAUAUGUCCUUACUGUUCAAAAGAGUUUAGCAGAAACGACUCGCUUAAAAGACACCUAG